ACAGACACGAGACUGAAUCGUGUAGUUGUGCGUGACUUUUUUUACAUGACUUCCUCGUGGUGUGCAUGUGAGUCCCAUUUCAUCAUCAACUAAGGUUUCCAGAACUCUGCUGGAGGGACCACCAACAGCUCAGGUUUGAAACAUCUAUUAAGAAUUGCCCUGCACCAUGAAAUCAACUGAAGUUUUGCUGCUCUGUGGCUGCUGUAUACUAUUUAUACAGAACUGUAAAGCCCAAGUUUCAUUUUCCCCAGAAGAAACAUCUCUAACGCCCUCAGCCAGUAACUGCACGUGUGAACUUGGCCACGGAAAAUGUGCUGAAAAUGGCGACUGCAGGUGUGAUCCGGGGUGGGGUGGACCACACUGUGACGACUGUGUGCGGAUGCCCGGAUGUCUACACGGCACCUGUCAUCAGCCCUGGCAGUGCACCUGCAUGGAUGGAUGGGCGGGGCGAUUCUGCGACAAAGAUAUUUACGUGUGCUCCAGAGAGCAACCGUGCCAGAAUGGUGCUACUUGCGUCUUGAAUGAGUCAGGGGAAUAUAACUGCUUGUGUCUUGAAGGCUUCCAUGGACGGGACUGUGAACUGAAAACAGGGCCUUGCCAAAAGACCAAGUCCCCCUGCAAGAACGGUGGUCUGUGUGAGGAUCUGAGUGGUUAUGCUCCAGAAUUGUCUUGUCAAUGCCUGGCUGGCUUCACGGGGCCUCGCUGUGAGACCAACAUGGAUGACUGCCUAAUGCGCCCCUGUGCCAAUGGUGCCACCUGUCUGGAUGGUGUGAACCGCUUUUCUUGCCUGUGUCCAGCAGGUUUCACUGGCCGUUUCUGCACCAUCAACCUGGAUGACUGUGCCAGUCAGCCCUGCCUCAAUGAAGGACGGUGUAUAGAUCGAGUCACAACCUUCCAGUGCUUUUGCAUUACAGGUUACACUGGAAGAACUUGUGAGAUUCCCCUUUGGGAGAUGGGAUCUCAAGCAGUGACUCCAUUUAGGGAUGGGUCUAGCAGGGGUGGGCAAGACAGAUUUACCCAGAGUAAGUCUCCUCCAGUGAAUCAAUCUCGAGGGACCACCCCUAUUGGCGAUGACAGACGAUUUAUAAAAAUUUCAGUGAAGGAAGUGGUGACUCAACAAGGUGCUGCAGGACUGUCAGAGUUGCAGCUUAUCAUUCUGCUAGUGUUGGGGGGAAUGACUUUGGCUGUGGUGGCACUAACAGCUGGUCUGGUGCUACGUGGACAUUGCUUGGACCGAUCUGCUCACUGCCAGUGUAGACCACACCCCAAGCACCAUUACCCAUUCCACCGAUGUCAGACACAUAGGCAGCAGAUGGCUCCUGCUCAACAGGAAUGCAAGCUAAGUUUUCUCGAAACUCCAGCUCCAUCAAAGCUUGAGAAGAAGAGGCUAAACACAAACAUCAUUUAGGGUGUUGUCACACAUGGUUCGACUACAUGGUCUGAACCAGAGUUCAGUUCCACCCUCUUCAUCUGUCCCCUGCUAGUCUCUUUUCACAUUGCUCUUUUGGGUCUGAUCUACAGUAUGACUGUAUCAACAUGAAUACUAGUGGCAGCUGUUUACCUCUGUAGCUAGAUAAUGACUCAAGAGGAGAAGACGCCAGCUUCACUGUCCUAUUCAAGUUUGUGCCAUUUUGGAAUUACCUCCAAAACAUUACAUGCACAGAAUGGCACUUCCAUUUGUCCGUCAUGGAUGCAUUACGAGAGAUGCGAAGAAUGCUAGUUGCUCCAUGAAGGCAAUUAUUCAGAGAUAAGCAGCUAUGAGAAUUGCUGUGUGAACAGUAGCAUGCAAAGAUGAAAAUUAUACAUCAAUAGCAAUUCACUUCCGCAGUUUAGGACGGAUUACGUUCAUGCAAACUGUCACAGAGUUCAGAUGAACCAGACCACCUGGACUCAAGAGCGGUUCACUGGUGCACACCCCAAUUCGGAAGACUUUCGCACCAAACAAACAAACCAAACGGAUGUGGGUGUGCACCAAAACGCUACUGUGAAAGGACCCUAAAACCCUUCCACAUGACUUGGGUCAGGGCUUCGACGCACCAUUCAACACCAGCAUCAAGAGCCACUUUGAUCUCUAAAUGAGAUUGUGCAACUGGAUUUGUUUAAGUAAAAAGGCCACUUCUGACCAUGAUGACCAGUGGCAUUGGCAGUCACUCAAAAGCUAAAUAUAGUACAGAAGAAUGACAGUUGGUUGUUGGACACUGGUGGUAUUAAUCCUGAGGGAUUACACUAAAUAAAAGAACCAAACUCUUUUUUUUUUUUUUUUUUGCAUAGACUGCUGAGGGAAUAUUAAGUCAGUUAAAGUCUAUAUGAAAACAAAAUUGACUUUUUAAAAACUUAUUUAAAAAAAAAAACAGCUUUCAUGAAAAGACUCCAGAUUCAGCGGCUCAAUGUGCCAGCCGAGCAACUUCUUUUCAAAUGAAUGGGAAUGCUCACAGAUAGAUCUCUCCAGGUUUAUUAGAAUUCCUUGAUAGAGAUCAGUAAAGCAAUAUCACGUGAGCAAGUGUGCUGUAUGUCCAGCUAUCAACACGAAUGUGUUUUGGUCGCAGGCACAAGGCCGCAGGUAUUCAUAGCAGUGCUGAUAGAUGAACAAUUUUAUUUAUUUAACAGUUCAACAAACAAGUAAAUAACUACGUAGGGAAAAACUAGGAAUGUCUAAAAAAAAAAAAAGGCUAGUGUGUUGAACUACUUUCUUAUGUAACGGAUUAAAGAUCUGCCGUUGCAAGUUUGAAAGAUGCAUCCAAGCCUCUGUUACUAAUUCAAAAACCACACUUUAGAACUAGUAAAGGAUGCUUGGGCUGUUUCUAACAAGUUAUUGGAGAAACAUGGAUGUAGUCGUGUAUGAGAGUGAGUGAAUGAGCGUGUGAUUACCUGUGUCUGUUGCAGCAAUGAACAGUAAUGCUGCAGCUGUUAGUUUAACUCUAUUCCUCAGCUGUAAUGUUAUAGUAAUCCACUCCGACCAAGGAGUGAUGCUGCCAUGCAUGCUAUCGGUUGAAGUGUUUCAUUGUUGGAGAGAAAACAUGGAGGACACCAGAUUCAUUCUUGUAUAUUUCUUGGGGAACUCUUUAUUUUGACAAUGACACAAAGUGUUCUCUCCUCUGCCAUGUUGAAAGUUUAUGUCUUCUCCCAAUUCGAAAACUUGUAUCAGGUGCCCUGAGCAUGUUAUUACUCCAUCUGUCGUGACUCUCAAUGAUUGGCAGUAAUUCUUAGCUGUAGUGUAGAAGUAAUCAGAGCGAUCAUGGAGUGAAAGACCAUUCCAGAUAAAAAAAAUAAAAAAUGUAUGCACUGACUGACAGUUCAUUUACUUCAGCUUAACUUGCUCAUAGCACACACAAGACAGUCUAUUGCCGCCACCUGCUAGCUCAAAUCUUGAAUGUCACAGGGAUGAAUGAAAACUCACACAUCUAACUGCUCUUACACGAUAUUUUAAAAUGCCACAAACACAAGCUGAGUGAACAGUAAAGCAUCCAAGAUGGUGUGAGCUAUCAGCACUCCUGGAACACCUCUCUUCCAAUCACAUUUGAGGACUGGAACUAUAUGCUGUAUAAUUUUCAAGAUCCAAUCAAUUCUUAAUGGAUAAAAUCAAGUCCCGUCUUAACUUUUCUUGUUGAAUUUCUUGUUUCACUCUAAAAUAUUACAGAGGUUGGUUGCAGUUUUCACUUGAAGAUACAAGUUGUGUAAACACUACCUGUGAACUAAUUGUUGAUAUGAGGUCACAAUACUCAGAGUAUAUGGUAGAACUACAUGAGCUGCAAUAAUGAAAAAGCACUCACACACACGAGCGUUAGACAAAUCAGGACUUUAUGUACUGUAUGUAUAUAUACUAUAUAGUAUAAACAAGUUGUCUUCAAUUUUAUUCCAGAUGUACUAAUCUAAAAAAUUGCCAAAAGCAAUUCAUUUGUUUGAGUUGUUACAGUGUUCAAAUUGUAAAAUAUUUCAAUGUGAGUAUAUGCCAAUUAAGUUUUUUCUUCAGUGUUUUAUGACAUUGUUUUUUUUUUUUAUGGAAAUGUAUCUUUUCCAUUAACUUUAUUGUAAUGCUUCUUCAAGCAGUCAGAUAGCAAUAUCAAUAAUUUCAUGGGAAGGAUUUGUGAUACAAAAUUAUACAUAGACUACAGCAUUUGUAAGUGUAAAUAUAACUUAUGUAAUUUAUUGGUCAAAUGUAUAUUUGUUUUUUAGGUGUAUUUUUUAUACAGAGAUGUGUGUAUUAAAGAUUUAAGACUGUGGAAUAGUAACUCUUAAUGUCUAACUUCCUAAAUCAAUGACAC